GAAAUCCUUCGCCAAACGUUCUACCGUCUUCGAACCGCAGAACACUGUAAUCGUCUUCUAAGGAUAAUUUAACAACCGGCGGACGAUAAAAGGUGGUUAAAAAAAAAUAUGUCGCAUGCCUGAAAUUUGCGAAACUGUACAUAGAUGUCUUGAAAGAGAGAAACUGGGCAAUUUCAUAUCUAUAAAGCGUUUAGCAGCCCGAUAAUCUAUGUCAGAAAGCGUCUGGAGAGGGUUAUGCAUUAGACAAGAAUUUAGAAAAGGUAUUGGUUGGUUGUUGUCAUCCGGGUAAACAUGAGUGAUACAGAGUGCGUUGCCAUUCACGAGAGCACGGAAAAGUGUUCAUUUUACCUCAAUACACCAUCAUGCAAAGAUUCAGAUGGAAAACUGGAUUACAUGUACUUCAUCUUUUGCCACCUUGAUCCAGACAGAUCCUGGAUCGGCAUCGCUGUCUGUAUCAUAUGGAUUCUCAUUCUUUUCGUGGGAUUAGGAGUCACUGCAGAUGACUUCCUGUGUCCUUCUUUAGUUGUGAUAACGAAAACUUUGAGGCUAUCUCAAAACAUUGCUGGGGUCACCUUUUUAGCUUUUGGCAAUGGAGCUCCAGACAUAUUUUCCUCUGUGGCCGGAAUAGAACAAGAGCGGCCGGAGUUGGUCAUAGGAACAUUGUUCGGUGCCGGCAUAUUCGUGACAUCGGUGGUGGCUGGAUCCAUCAUCGUGGCCAAACCUUUCAAAAUUAUGGAGAGGCCGUUCCUGAGGGACAUUAUAUUUUACGUGUGUGCCGCAUUUUGGGCUUUCCUACGCUUCUAUUAUGAAGAAGUCUCACUGUGGCAUUCUAUAGCUUUCAUCGCUCUUUACAUACUUUACAUUUUGGUCGUCAUUAUCAGUCGCAUCAUCUACAAUCGUUAUCAGCUUAAGAACAAACCAAAAAUACCAGAAAUAGAGAUAGAAAGUCCGGAACCGGAAGCAAAGAGGUCGCCUUCAGUAGCCUUCAAGCCAACCGGCAUUGAAGAUGAUCCGGAAGCUGCUGGUGUUGUUUUAAGAAGGUUCAGUUUCCGAGGCAGUAUUUCCGGGGUGAGUUCAAAAAGACGGAUUUCUUCCUCACAUUCACAUCAUGAGCACGUGAUCAAAACACUGACGCAAUCAGUAGAUUCUCAUCCUAAUCCAGUCUACAAAAAUGGUCACACUUUGCCUCCACCAUUGGACUCCCAAAUUUCUAAAACAAGUCUCUCCAGUCUUCUCUCUAGAACUGGCGAGCAAACAAUACUUAGGGAGUUCCUGCUCCUAGUUUCACCCAUCGACAUAGAAGCUUGGUCUGAAAGAGGAUGGCUGUCUAAGAUUUUCGAAAUCGCUAAGGCACCGGUGUGCUUCUUGUUAAUUAUCACUGUCCCAGUAGUUGAUUAUGAAAACGACAAAAACAAUUGGUGCCGUCCUCUCAACAUCAUCCAUUGUUUCACUGCUCCUAUGUUCGUCAUCAUUGCUCUUGGUGAAUACGACAACAAUGUUCGUGGCUUUCCAGCCUGGGCUAUCGUCUUGUUAGUGUGCUUAGCACUAGCUUCAGCAGUAUUCUUCACAUCUUCAAACGAUGAGCCUCCCGCCUAUCAUUUUGCAUUCGGCUACAUUGGUUUCGUCGCUUCCGUGAUGUGGGUCUACUUGAUUGCUUCUGAAAUUGUUUCUUUACUCAAGACUAUAGGAAUCAUUUUCAAGCUCAGUGAUGCUAUUUUAGGCCUUACUGUCUUAGCCUGGGGCAACAGCAUAGGAGAUUUUAUUUCCAACCUUUCCGUUGCGAGACAAGGAUAUCCAAGAAUGGGUAUAUCUGCUUGUUAUGGAGGACCUCUUUUAAAUUUGCUUUUAGGAAUAGGCAUACCGUACACCAUUAUGAUUGUAAAGAAAGGCAGGCCUUUGGAGUUAAAGUAUGAUCGGUUGAUCACCUUGCUGUACGGAACUCUUAGCGCCGUUCUUCUAUCCACAAUAGUUACCAUGACAGCGCUUCGUUUCAACGCAAAAAGACAAUUUGGCAUUUUCCUAAUAUGCAUGUACGUUACCUUUAUAACUGUUGCAGUCAUCUUUGAGACUGGAGUUAUUUAAGACUGCUACUGCCAGAAUAUAUAUAGUCGUCCAUUACCCGCAUCAAACGUACGUUCCAUAGAUCUCAGAUGAAGCUCAAUGCCCAUUGGAUCUCCUCCUUCUCAUCAUAAUGACUCAUACAAACGACUUAUGCAUGGAUUCUAAGAACUAUUUUCGUGAGAUUGAAAGCCAAGAGAAAUUUCAGCUUUUGAAAAUGACCAUUCCAGUCUUCAUACCAUUAGCUAAUAUGAAGCAUCUAAAAUGGCUAAAGCCCUGAAUCGUAGAAUAAAACAGCGACACAUCCAACAUCUUGCGACUAAACGAUGCUUUCUUCCCAUGUCUGCUAUGGUGAAGUAGCGUCUUUUGCUUCUUGAUUUUGGUUUCUUAUUAACUGUAUGUCAAUCCACAAUCAAGAAACAAAACACUCUACUUCAUUAUAGCAGCGACACGUCCGACAUCUUGCGACUAAACGAUGCUUUCUUCCUAUGUCUGCUAUGGUGAAGUAGCGUCUUUUGCUUCGUGAUUUUGGUUUCUUAUUAACUCUAUGUCAAUUCACAAUCAAGAAACAAAACACGCUACUUCAUUAUAGCAGCGACACGUCCGACAUCUUGCGACUAAACGAUGCUUUCUUCCUAUGUCUGCUAUGGUGAAGUAGCGUCUUUUGCUUCGUGAUUUUGGUUUCUUAUUAACUCUAUGUCAAUUCACGAUCAAGAAACAAAACACGCUACUUCAUUAUAGCAGACAUAGGAUGAAAGCGGCCAGUAGCCUCAAGAUGACGAACGUGUCGCUACUUAAACUACGACAUAGGGCUUUAAACCUGGCGAAGUCGUAAUACUGCGAUUAGGAUCAGCGUAGUCUUUACAAUGCUGCCAGGUUGGAUUUGCUUCAACUAUAGAAGAAAUGGGGCGUAAGUGGCAAAAUAAGAGUGUUGGAGAUGGCUAGCACACAUUUUAGAAGAAACUAUCAGCUGUUUUUUGGAAAAGAGAUGGUUAUACAGUGGACGCCGGUUAAUAGAAUCAGUGGCUAAUGGAAUAAACUGCUGUAAUGAAUCAAAUUGUCAAAAACAGAACAAAAUCCAGCUUUAUUGGAUUAGUCGCUUUAAUGAAGCAGCUACUUCAUGGAAUCAAAACGUUUUAGAACAAAUGUGACCCGUAUAAGCAGUGGCUACUGUAGUAGCACUGGAAGGUGCGUAUGUACAUCCUGAUGUAUAAAAACUCUUUCCUGAAAGCCUGCCUACAGUUUGUAUUCUGCACUCGUGCUACUCAAUACUUAAAAUAGUCUACUUGCGUCCCCUUGCUUCUAACUGCCUCAUAUGGUGGUCAGGGACUUCCUGAAUCAACGAAUUUAGAGAGCAUCUCAACAAGACUUACAUCAAAAGGACUAUAGAUAUCUAUAAUAAUAAUAGAUAUGUGUAGAAGUAUGUUUGGAGCUUAAUUCUCAUAAAAAGUCAUCAUUUUGCUAAAGGAUAUUGUACUGAAAUGUAACGUCUAUGACGUUUCGCACUUGUUGUUACAAGCAACAUUUCACUUUAUUUAAUAAAAUAUUAUCAAUUA